AUGCCGUGCCAGCAGUGGAGGUGCAGGUGGGCUCUGCCCUGUGCCCUGCUCCUGCUUUUCUCAGGUCUCCAAAUCCUGGUGACUCACGGCUGGGGUCCCCAAGGGGAAGGGCAUGGUGAAGAUCAAACAGUCUUGGACCUUUACUUCCCUGCCACUGUGGAAUACGCCUUACAUGUAUACAACCUGAAGAGCCAAGACAGCAACGCAUACAAGGUGGUGCGUGUCCUAAGGUCGUGGAGGGAGCAGAUGGAGGCAAAUGGCUUCGUGUUCUCCAUGGAGCUGGAGCUCAGUCGAACCAGGUGUAGGAAAUUUGAUGAAGACAUUGACAACUGUCCAUUUCAAGCAAGUCCCAACGUGAACAACACCAUCACCUGCCUCUUUACAGUCCACACUGACCCAUGGAGAACAAAGUUUCAACUCCUGAACAACACCUGCUCGGAGAGCUCCAUUGAGUGAGACCACACCCCAGCCUGCUGUCCUCCUGGGCACCAGCGAUGCCCUGGCCAUGGCCCUUCAGUGCCUGAACAGCUCUGGUUCUAUUCUGUGUAUAAGCAGGUCUCUGAGUGUCACUUCAGGCAAUGUGGCCAUUCCUCCCUGUCCAUUUCCUCCCAUAGAUUUGCCAUUAAA